UUAUUUGAUGGAAAAACUAGAAGCCUACAAUAUUUUUGCAGAAACCAAUCUUUGAGAAAGAAGGAACAUGUCAUCCUUGUGUAGUAUUUCCACAUCUUCGUCGUCUUUGAUUCUCUCGUCAGAUUUCUGUAAACACCGAGCAGAUAACGGCAAAAAUAUCAACUCUUCCCUUUCAUUUGUUUCUUCAUUUCCUCAAUUAAAAAUCUCAGCUGCAGAAUCUAUAUGGAAUCCAUCUCUUUCUACUCGCAACAAGGGUUUGGUGAUUGAAGCUGCAGCUUAUACACGGAGAUCUCGCAGUGAAAUCGAAAAAAGACCUAACAAGAAAUCAUGGAAGCAAAGGACAGACAUGUAUAUGCGGCCUUUCUUACUCAAUGUGUUUUUCUCCAAGAGAUUUAUUCAUGCAAAAGUGGUCCAUCGUGGAACCUGCAAGGUUAUUUCUGUCGCCAGUACUAAUGCCAAGGAUCUGAGGAAUACUUUGCCAUCUCUAAUUGAUAAUAGUGCUUGUAAAACUGUGGGACUGCUAAUAGCAGAGCGAUCAAAAGAGUGUGAUGUGUUCGCCAUGUCUUAUGAGCCAAAGAAAAAUGAGAGGAUCGAAGGUAAACUUGGGAUCAUCCUUGAUACUAUAAAAGAAAAUGGAAUUAUUUUUGUUUGAAUUUAAGUUGCAAUUUGUACUUGAAAUUGGAAACAACUUAUUUUUCAUUGUGUGUUUAGUAGUUAAUGGAUUCUUUAUUAAUAUUGUUUUUCCUUUUUGAAA